AGAGAGAGAGAGAGGAGAGGAGAGGAGAGGAGAGGAGAGGAGAGACGCUGGCUCAGGUUACACUAAGGCGCACUGCCCUGCACUGCACUGUACAAGGCUGCACGGCACGGCACGGCACGGCACUGCACUGCACUGCCAGAAGACCUGCGCUGCGCCACACACACACAGCCGGCCGGCCGGCCUCUCUCUUGCUCACAAGCUUCAGAGUGGAAGUGAGAUGACAACCGCUCCAUCUGUAAGCGCCGUCAGGAGCAUCUCUGACCCAUAAGGAGGCCCAACAUGGAUUUCUUUCCAAGUUUCCUAUAGUUGCUCACCUCAGGUCUCAAUUAAAACAUUGAUUAGAGGCAAGAGGUUGGCAAGCCAGCAAGAUAUUCUCUACUGGUUCCUGUUGAGUUGAUUGCCUCUCAAGUGGACAAAAGAGAUUGGAAGUGGAAAUGGAGCAGAAGUGGACAGACGCUGGGAAAACCAGCGAAAAGCUCGAAAAGAACCCUUCCCAAAAGCUCAAGUGGGACAAGUGGAGCGCUUUUUCUUCCGUAAGCUUUUGCAUGGCAGUAUCUCUGCUAUGUGUUGGAAUAUGCAUUGGCUUUUGUGUGCGGACCACGGCGUUGCAGUCCAGGAUAGUAAGUCUUGAGCAGCAGCACCUCUCCGCCUGGAUGGAGCAGGUGGAGCCCCUUAUUUUGGACAGACUGGACCAAAUCCUGGACAAGAAACUUGCAGCGCGAUUACCAAAGACGCGAGAAGUGAGGGAAGCUCCUUACAGCUGCUUGUGUCCUCCAGGACCUCCAGUAAGUAGACAAGACACCUCGUGUGAUCCAUGUGGGGGUCCUCCUGGACGGGCAGGCUUUCCGGGAGCCCCAGGAGAACCAGGUCUGUCAAUCAUUGGACCAAGGGGACCACCUGGUCAGCCUGGAACAAGAGGAUUUCCAGGCUUUCCAGGUCCCAUUGGGCUGGAUGGCAAGCAUGGACAGAAUGGCCCCAAGGGUGACAUGGGUCAGCGUGGACCAAAAGGACUCCCUGGAGAACCAGGACCUAAAGGAGAGAAAGGUGUCUGCGGCGACUACGCACAUCGGAGCCUCUUUGUGCAGGAUCUUCCCUUGAAAACCUUGGCCGCCUUGCGCUCCAGUCAACCGCUGAUGUUGAAGAUGUUGCCUAUGACCGUGCGCAACAUGCCCUCAAUAAGCCCUCUAAUCCUAAAACGCCUCAAGCAGGGUGAGCCGGGAGCGCAGGGGCCUCCGGGACCACCGGGGCCCCCAGGGAACCCAGGUCUGAACGGAGCAAGCGGCUCGCCCGGUAAGCCCGGUGAACCGGGAAAACCUGGAAAAGACCCAAGGCUAUUGCCAGGACUGAAGGGUGAGCCAGGUUUACCAGGACAGAAGGGCGAUGGAGGGGAUGUUGGGCCGCCGGGUCCUGAAGGCCCAAAGGGUGACCAGGGAGCCAAGGGAGAUGAAGGGAAGAGGGGCUUUGCGCCAGAGAAAGGGGAGAAGGGAGAAGCAGGCUUCCCGGGCCCUCCGGGGUCCAAGGGCCCGAGCGGCACCCCUGGCAUCCCUGGCAAGAGGGGCUAUAGGGGAGAGAAGGGAGAGGCUACCAUUUCCUCGCUUGGAAUGAAAGGAGAACCCGGCUCACCAGGAGUGCCAGGCCUCAUGGGACCUAAGGGAGAGGCAGGCCCCGAAGGCCCAGCUGGACCGAGAGGGCCCCCAGGUGCAACCGGCGAACCGGGAAAGGCUGAAAUCCACAAUAAUGAAAAUGAUAUUCGCAAUAUCCAUCUGAUGGGCCCACCUGGAUUACCUGGACCUCCAGGCCCUCCCGGGUUUUCAGGCACAAAAGGAGAGGUUGGCCUCCCAGGUCCCCCAGGCCUUGAUGGAGAGAAGGGCACAAAAGGGGAUCCUGGGGAAGGAGGAAGAUCAGAGAUGCGCUACGGUCCUCCAGGUCCCCCAGGUCCCUCCGGACCAGUUGGGCCAGCAGGAUCUCAAGGACCUUCAGGGCCAAAGGGAGAGGCAGGCGUCGGCCUCCGUGGAGAAAAGGGAGCAGCGGGUCAGAAAGGUGACAAGGGGGACAGAGGCCAUCUUGGACUGCCUGGGGCUCAUGGGUUAGACGGCAGACCCGGUCCAGUGGGUCUGCUGGGGCCAGCAGGAGUAGCAGGGCCAGCGGGACCAAAAGGAGAGCGAGGUGAGAAUGGAGAUGUUGGACUACCAGGACCAAUUGGCCCGCAGGGCAUUCCUGGCUUUGUAGGACCACAAGGACUCAAAGGGAAUCGGGGAGAGAGGGGCAAGAAAGGCAACAGGGGGGCCAAAGGGGAUAAGGGAGACCAAGGAGCACCUGGAUUAGAUGCCCCGUGUCCGUUGGGAGAUGACGGCCUACCCGUACCAGGCUGUUGGAACAAAGGUCAACACCCCUUCCAACUGGCUAAGAAGUAAGACGAGCAGAGGGGCCAAGUCCUAAGGCAUAUGUUUUGACCAGAAAGUGGAGUUGCCAAGACAACAUCUGACUGUGAGACAUGUUGAUGAGCAAAAUGGUUUGGUGUGUUGCUUUUUAAAGGUGAUGCUACAGAACGGCCUUCACUGCCACACACUGCAUGCUAUACUACGUCCAGAAGCGUCGCUGCUGAUGGAUAGCUUUUGGGAGACAUUUUGUGAAAAGAAGCACUUGAUGUGCACAGCUCACAGGGUAAUGAUUCCUUCUGCAUUUGAUCUGAGGGGAAGCAGCUUUAACAUCCAGGGCGUGAACGAGCGGCUCGCUUCAUUCACAUCAUGGCUGGUCACAUAUGUGAAAAUGCUGCUUGUUUUCGAGUUGAUCAUUCAAACCUAUCCUUGUAACUAUUGUAUCAUAAUGAUUGUGUGUGUGUCUAUAUUGACAGUCAGGCUUUGUAUGUAUAUACUAUAUAUUUAUCUAUAUAUGGAUUGCAAAGUAGCCACAUCCAUAGUACUGCAUCAAUAAGCCGCAUCUGCACUCAAUGUUUUCACCAUACAGACAUUUAGCAGGCAGAAGCUUGGCUUGUACAUGUACAUGAUAAUAUCGAGCAAGCAAGACCUUCCUUUCCGCGGGAUCCGAGUCAAGGCGCACGUGCCUCCGUUUGGGCACUCGCAGAUCAACAAUGUCGAGAGCAGUUUUGGCAUCGAUUGACGCACGCGGAUAAACAAUGUCGAGAGCAGUUUGGGCAUUGCUUGACGCACGCACGCACGCACGCACGCACAUGUUAUUUCUUUGACAAGCUAGUGGAGAAAGCAUUCCUUCAGUCACUAUUGACAGCUCCCUUGUUGUUUCGAUCGUUUGAUGAUUCCAACAAGUUGAGGCAACCAGUAACAGUCCAAUGCCUACAUGGGGAAGUAUUGAGCUGAAAACAGUUUGGUUUGCAUCUUGUCAUUGCACCAGAAGUGAGUAUACUAUUGCAGUUUGUAGGGCUCACAUUUGACCAGAUUAACAUUUGGAAGGUCAGAGGUCACUGCUCACAACCUCGCAAACAUGUGAAAUGGACAUGUUAACAUGUUAAAUGGAGAUAGGAUGACUGUCCAGAAGGGGAACUUAUUGGUACACUAUAUUGAAUAUUUGAUUGUAUUGAGAAAAAGAAGCAGCUAUUUGAGUCUAGUAUAUUUUUUGGUAUAGUUUCAUGCAUGGUCUGCUUCAGAUCCUUUUCAUUUUUUUUACUUGUUUUAUUAUUCACUCUCUGGUGAUUUUCUUUCUUUCUUUCUUUCUUUUCUUUUUUUACAAUACAGCAUACACAGAUUUAGAAGUUGUUGUUGUUUUUCCGCCUACCACCACCGCAAUCAACUUUUUUUCAUCCAUGAAACGUGAUUGAAGUGUCGAUUUGCAGAUUGAAUUGACAGGGUUUCAGAGAGAAAUUAGGAUUGACAGCCAAUGUUCAUUUUCAGGCGCUAGCUAGUAUUUGCCUAUUUGCAAUCACUAAGGAGCACCACAGAUUAGCUUGAAAUGAUUCAUUCAAAAAACAUGUCAAAGAUCAAAUAAAAGCCAUUUUGUCACUA